AUGUCGACUUUGGUAGCAGCCCAAAGUGAGGCCGGCCGCGGCGGUCCUGCCAAUGGUGGCUCUACUAAUGGUGGUCCUACUAAGGGUGGUCCUACCAAUGGUGGCCCUGUAAUGGCCACAUCCAAUAUCAUCAACCAGAAAGCCGACGCGUCACGGUCGCUAUACCAAAUAUGUGUGUCCCUGAGGCAAAGGUUGGCUCAGGUACCCGGCUUUGAGGAGUAUACGCAGCAGUUGGAAGACCAGGCUGCCGAUGGCGAACCGGUGGAAUCCCUGUGGGAUCUUCUGCGGACUGGCUAUCCUCUUCUCGUUGUGUACAACGCGCUACAGCCAGCCAGCCCGAUUCGAGUUGAGGACUCAAAUGCCAACGAGAGUAAAAAAUCCAAGAUAGCAGUUUUCAAGUUUGUGCAGGCGUGCCUGCAAGAGCUGAAGAUCCCGCCAGCCGAGUGUUUUGUGAUCAACGAUCUGCUGGGCAACGACACGACGGGAUUUGUCAAAGUCACGGCUGUGGUGAACUAUGUAUUGGACCUCGCCGAUCAGCGCGGGCUACUGCACCAAAUCCAGCCAUACCCUGAAGACAACAACGGACCAGUUGCACCGGGUUCAAAAAUGACAUACCGCGAUCACAUCAUCAAGGAACUGGUAGAUACGGAACGAAAAUACGUGCAGGAUCUGGAAAACCUGCAUGACUUGAAGAAGGCUCUGGAACAGAAGGGUGUUAUACCCGGUGAUAUUGUCCACCAGAUCUUCCUUAAUAUCAACGCAAUUCUGGACUUCCAGCGGCGAUUUCUGAUUCGAGUAGAAACCACCAACUCCAUGCCCGCAACGUCUCAGCACUGGGGCGCACCGUUCGCCAUGCACGAAGAGUCCUUCAACAUCUACCAGCCUUUCAUCGCAAACCAACGCAAGGCCGCUCAGGUGGCGAACCAGGUAUUUGACAAGAUUCAACUAAUCCAACAUCCAGUGGCCUGCGAUUUCAACACGCUGGAUGGUUUCUUGUUGAAGCCCAUGCAGAGACUGGUGAAAUACCCACUUCUGCUUAAGGAUCUUUUGAAGAAGAGUGAGGACUCGGGUAUCAAGAGUGACCUCUCCGCGGGUAUCGAGGCGGCAGAGAGGGCCCUGUCCAAAGCGAACGAGGCAGUCGACCGUGAUCUUCUCGACGAAGCACUAGAAGACCUCAUAGGCAGGGUAGACGACUGGAAGAAUCAUAGGGUGGAACAAUUUGGCCGGCUACUGCUGCAUGGCGUCUAUACAGUCGUCACAGGACGCAGCGAACAAGAGAAAGACUAUGAGAUAUACCUUUUCGAGUGUAUCCUGUUGUGCUGUAAGGAGGUGCAACCAAACAAGGGCAAGGAGAAGAAGGACAAGGCGAAGUCGACCACGCCCAAAGUUCGAAACAAGAAUAACAAGCUGCAGCUGAAAGGCAGGAUUUUCAUGACAAAUGUCACGGAAGUUCUCUCGUUCGCCAAGCCCGGUCAUUACACUGUGCAAAUCUGGUGGAAAGGGGACCCCGGGGUGGAGAACUUCGUAAUCAGAUUUGCCAAUGAGGAGAUGAUGAAGAAAUGGGCAACGGGAUUGGACCAGCAAAGGAAAGACAACGCACCAAUAUUAGCUGCAAGUCCUGACCAGCCGCCGCCUGAUUUCGCUUGGAUGCGAACUGUGAGCAACAUGGAGAACCCGUACGCUCAACAGGCCGAGAGUGACGAUGACGAACCGCAAGGUCCUGCCCAGGGCGCACCACCAAGUCUCUCAUUUGGCAGCCAGCAGGCCUCGACUGGCGGUGUAAUGACCCGCCACGCCUCAAGCAACAAUUUGAGGGCCCGUUCGGCGACAGGUGAAAGCACGCAGUCUCUUGCAGGCAUGACGUGGGCGCCGCCUCCGCGAUUCCCUCUACCGCCCCCCCCCGGACAGCUCAGUCUACAGACGCAGGGUGUAACUCAAGGCGGAGGCUCACCCGGGCCUCGUGGGGGCGAGUCAUACUUCUCUCCCACGGCGGAAUCACCAGCGUCAACGCGAACGAGCGCGACCAAUAGCAUGCAAUUCUCGACGGGUGGGUACAAUUUCCCCAAGUCGGGAACGCCACAGCCAGGAUGGGGGGAGGACAACAACCGCUACACAGCUCCCGCAAUGCCCCGAGUACCCUCCCGCGAUGGGUCGUCUCCAGUCAACGCCUACGGCAUGAAUGGGAGAACCCCCCGCGGUCCGUCCAUGCCCGUUAUGUCAUCCCACCAGUCGCAACAAAGCCUUGCUGCGCAACGCAGCCGCUCGUUCAGUACCCCCGACAUUAAUGGGCAGCAACAGACCCAGCGGAGGACCAACAACAGCACCCCUGUGCCCGCGGUUCCUGGUAUACCGGCCCAUCUGCAUGGCGACACGGGCGUCCCUCGGUCUCAAUCUGGCUCGCCGAUGCAGGAUGUGCCUAUACGGACCAACACGCAGAGUCCGGGUAUACAGCGGGAUCGCGCGCAUCAAUCCCAUGCCUCGUAUGGUGGAAAGAUGUCCCAAUUCCCAUCACAGCCCAUUUACCCCCGACAGACGACGCCAGGUCCAGGGCCGGGCCAAGGGCUGCCGCCCACGUCGAUGCCACAACCCCUCCAGGUAGAUCGGUCUAUACCUGUGUCGCCGCCUCUAGGGACAUCCACACAGGGCAACCCUCUGUUCAGCCCCCUCCCUGACGGUCCUACCCAGCUGAAAGUCAAAGUUAUCUGCGAUGAUGGCACCUACCAAACACUGGUGGUCGCCUUCAACAUCACGUACCAGUCCAUGAUUGAUCGUAUCGACGCCAAACUCUCUCGCUUUACCCAAAGCUCGAUUGGUAAGGGUAAUUUGAAGCUGCGGUAUCGUGAUGAGGAUGGGGACUCGGUCAACAUCGAGAGCGACGAGGACAUUCAGAUCGCAUUCAUGGAUUUCAGAGAAGCCAUAAGAGAACAACAGCAGUAUAAUCCUGGUGGCGUGGGUGAAAUAGAGCUGUUCUGCGUUGGCGACACGUGUUAA